GGAAAAAAAAAAAGCAACAAGAAAAUAAAAAUGGCGACCCAGGACAAUAGUCCGUCGCUAAUAAUUGGUCAACAAUGGUCAGCACUGGCUGAUUUAUUGAGUUCUAAUAGAGAAAAUGAUGAAGAUGAAUCUGACAAGGAUGGAAAUAAAAACUCCAGUGACAGUAUGAAACUUGGAAGACAGGAUAUGGGCUUAUUUGGAUUUUGUCCUGCUAGAGAUGAAUUCAGUUUAGUUGUUUGUGAGAAAUGCAAUUUGUUGGUCAAGCCUCAAGCUCUCAAGCAACAUAUUGAAUCACGCCAUGGUCCAACAAAUCUUAGCAGCUUGGGAAAUAUUCCUGCCUCUGCUCUCAACUCAGAAUUGGGUAAAAAAUUACUCAUGCCUCUUCCUUCCAAGACUCCUCCUCCUCCACCACCAACCACAAAAUCUUUGAGCAGGCCAUCCAGUGGAACUUUUAAGCCAGUUACAUCUGGACGACCAUCAAAGGCAAGCCUGAAGCAAGUGCCUGCAGCUGCUGCAGCAAAAAAUAUUGCAGCACCUCGGCUUGGUGUUAGUAUGAAAAUCAGUCCCAUGAAGUCUGUCAAAGCUGGCAACAGGAUAACGCCAACAACCACGACAGCAACAACUAUCUCAAACCCUGUAGUGAAAGUGGAAAAAUUAGAAAAGGUGACUAAAGGUAGUGGUGGUCCAGAUGAAAAUUCUGAGAUGCCAGCCACAGCUCCAGUUAGUAUACCUCACAAAGACUCUUCUAAGAUAUCCACUCUGAUCAAUGGCUCAAUCAAAUCAGCCAUAUCUCUCACAACGCCAUCAUCCCUACCCACAACGACAUCUUCAGCAGCUGUUUUCUCCACACCAACCUGCAUUGCUGUUACUAAAUCAUGGACAGACACUCACUUGAGUACACGUAGUGUCACUACUUUUGUUACAACAACCGCUGGUACAAAGCCACUUAUGAUAGCACCUGUAAUGACUAUUGGUUCAGCUGGCAUUGUGACAGCUAGACCUAUAACUAGUGCAAAAACUAGUAAGUCAGCCAAAGACCAAAAGGAGCGAAAAUUUUUACCUUGCAAAGAUCGUGAGUAUGAUGCUAAUAAACACUGUGGUGUCAAAAUAGUAGAAACUGGAAAACCUUGUACUCGUUCUCUCACAUGCAAGACUCAUGCUUUGUCAUUGCGACGAGCUGUCCCUGGGAGAAGCAAGUCUUUUGAUGACCUCCUCAAAGAGCAUAAAGCAGCUAAAGAUGCUCUUCUCAAGGCCAAGGCAGAAAGUCAGAAUGCUGCUGCCGCGGCCAAUGCAGCAUCCUCUGCUAAUCGCGUCCUGGUAAACUCAUCCACAGUCAAUACAACCCUUAGCUCUCUCAAACAGCAACAGAUGUCCCCUGUAAUUGUGCACCGAGAUAGCAAGUUAGGGCAGAUUUCAGGUGUCACAGUUACAACCCCAAGAGCCAUGGUGCCUUCUGCUGGCCUGCCUGCAAACACAACUUUUGCUAAAGCCAAAAAUGUACCAAGUGUGUUUCAGAGGUUUACUUCAACUGCUCUAUUGCCUUCUGUGAUAACUGUAAAAGAAGAGUCGAUGGUCAAACAAGAAGUGGCUGCCAGGCUGUCUUCAUCUUCAACUGGGGAGCCUCUACGACCCACAGUACAAGAUAAAAAACCAGAUCAAAGUUAUCUUUCCCACCAUCCUAAACCUUUAGCUGUAUGCCAGUUUGGUGGUCGUCUUAAUGAUAGAGGCUGUUUUCUAUUCUGUCGGAAAAUGGAUUAUGUAAGAGCAGCAUUCUUGAGUGCACUAGAACGGCAGCUGAAUCCUCCCCCACACAAAAAGCUUUGUGUAGAAUCUAACCUGCCCAGGGAUACACAAACUGCUAACAGCUCUCAAGAUCCUUAUGAGUUUAACAUGUUUGACAGUAGUGGUGCAUCUAUGAACAAAAAUUCUAGUCUUUUCAAUGUUGCUAAGCCUAAUAUCAAGCCCAAGUCAUCUCUGUCCACAUCUCCAUUGGCAGCCAGUACGAAUCCCUUGUCCUUCACAACAGUCAGCCUAACUCCCAUGUCAGUAGCAGCCUCUAUGUCAUUGCCCUCAUCUCUUGCAGUGUCAGCCUCUCCUAUUUCUGUGUCAUCAGUGACUCCAUCAAGCCUGGCACUGAAUUGGUCUGUAAAAACUAAAGAUGGGCUGAACUCCCGCAGCCCUUCAGCUUCUCCCCUACCUUCUGUUUCAUCUGCCUCUGUAAUAAACCCUGGCAAACGAAAAAGGAGCGGGAGCAACGGGAAUACAGCAGGUCAGCUGGUAGCGGUGGCGAGUGGCAAUGGGACCUUACCUGUUAUACCUUCAGUAUCGCUGGCAAUGUCCACAGCCAGUAUAACAGGGGCUAUGUCACAACAGUCAGGCUUAACGGGUAUAAUCACACCCUCAAGCUUGAAUAGUCACCAUACAGGAAACUUAAUAGCCAUUCCUAGUGUCAACUUGAACAGUGCCUACUUAGGUCAACUGAAUGCCACAACCAUGGGAGGUGCUAAAAUUAGUGCAUCAGGUGCAGGAAUUGUGGCAGGAACUGCACACAAAAAUAAUAACAUGUUUAAGGAUAUCAAUCUGGUCCUGACAGGAUUGGAUUCCAUAAAUGGCCAGUUGGUGAACAUUACCAGCGCUCAGCUUGCAGAGCUCGGCCUGGGUCAAGGUCAGACAAUAUAUAUCAAUAAUAAUUUCACGCCCAGCAGUACCUCAGCAUCUGGCACCACAGGUUCUGCCCCUGUGCUAGCUGCCAAGCGCAGUCGUACUUCAAAAUCUCACCAGCCUGUGAACAAGCCUGCUUCUAAUCGGAUUCCUGUGGUGGAGGGCUUUAAAUUGAUUCCCAGCAGUAGUGUUAUAACAUCCAGUGGACUCCCACCCAAUGCUGUUCUUAUGGACAGUAGCAGUUUACAGGGAGCAGUAUUGACAUCUGUAGCAAUGGCUCCUGGCUGCACCACCCCAACUUUGGUGGCCAUACCAUCUUCUACAGCAAACUCAAACAGUAAUACAGUCUCUGGGAAUCCAUCACAAUUAAUUUGUGUGGAUUCCUCAUCUGGUCAAAUAACUAGUUCAGCUCUAGUGAAUGGAAUAGCACAAUCCUAUGAAAAAUCUGGCAGCAGCAGUCAACGACAUCAUACAUCAUCCAAAUCCCAUCAUCAUCAACAACAACAACAGCUUGGUAAAAAUCCACAGCAACAAACUCUAGCCAUUGGGAAUGUACUUCAGGCAAUGCCUAUUUCUUCUGGUUCUGCUACUCAGCUGUGCUCUAACCAGGCUCUGCUGAAGCAAGGGUUUAAUUUGACUAAAGGUGGUGUGUCCUUGACUUUUCCCCUUAAUGUCAGUCAGACGGGACUGGCAUUGGCAGCUGGCAAACCCCAGCAGCAGCAACAGCACACUCUCCUCGUGGCCACCAGUGGUGCAGCAGUGGGAGAUGGUGGGGGAAAAACUGAUGUUCAUUGACCCUUCCUGGGUUUUCAGCUGCUGCUUGCCUGUAGUAUCAUCAAUCAUCAAGUUUUUUCCCUAAACACUGAACGCUCUCUCCAUAGGAAAUAAUAAUAAUAAAGCUGCAGAACAUUGUUUGCUUGUUAUCUCAACAAUGUCUGCUCUAAGCAUGUACACAUCACUACUUGUGCCAGUCUUUCAAAGUUUGUGUGUUUGACUCAGUUGUGAAGUGAAUUGCUGAGGAGAGAGGGAACAAGUUGAGCCUUGGGACUACUACAAGAAAAAAACAACAUGAGGAAUACAUUCUGAACAUCUAAAAGGAAUUAUCUGUUUAUAUAGUUAUUGUUGAUUGGUGCUCUGGAGUCCAGAAGUAGCUAUUACAAUUUAUAGAGAGUCUCUGAAUACCAAUCGGCAGUAAUAAUACCUUAAAAUGCCAAGAGGAAUAGUCCACAUUGAUGAUUGGUGCAAUAAAAGUUUCCUGGAAUAGCCAUAAAGUAGCCACUGCUAUCAAUCUCUCAAUUGUGCUUUGUUUUUGUCAAGUUUGUCAUUCAAGGGAAAUAUUUAUGACCAAAGUUUGUGAACCUGAUUGUUAUGUGAUUUGUAGACUACCACCUUAUUUUUUUAAACCGUUAACUUCUAGCAACUCUUGAUCAACGAGCUUCACACCACUCCAACAGGAACUGGGAUGCAUUUUUUUCUUUCAUCACCUUAUUUAUUGUAUAAAACAAUGCUCACGUAACACAGUAAUACAAUUUGUGAUAUAUUUCCUUUCGUCAUCACAAGAAACUGAGAGAGAAAUUUGUAAAAUAAGAAUGUGACCCCCCUGCAAUUCAAAUACCUACAACAAAAAGCAUGAACAUUUUUUUUAUUUCCAUGAGUUUCCAUUCUUUGCAUUUGGAUUUCCGUGACAUGCCAAAGUAUUUCUUAGUGAUUUUCUAAGUACUUAAGUUAAAAGUGAUUGAUGUCAACCUGAAACAUUGUUUGAAUUUGUUGUCUGUGUGGCUAUAGAUAUGGUACUUGUGUGUUUGUGUGUAUGGAUUGUAAUAGUUUGUCCUUUAGUUUAUAAGAGCAACGUAAUGGAGAAAACUGUUUUCCCCAUUCUAAACCUUUUUUUUUGUCUAUACCUUUCAAAGUAAAGUGUUUCAGUUUCAAAUAGUUUAAAAAACAACAUAAUUUAGCUCUAAAUAAAAGUGAUGAUGCUAAUAAUUACUAGACAUUGAUUUAAAAAUAAAAUAUUUAGUUGAACAAAGCAUAUAGAUUAUAAAAUAUAUCUAAAUGUAAUGAUGGUUGACUGCAGAAGUCAGAAUAGCCUAGUUUUAGCUAUUGUUAUUGACAAAAAAAAAUAAUUAAUUAAAAAUGGUCUUAUAAUAUUUAAAAAAAAUUAAAUUGCUUAUCUACCAUUUGGAAUAUCUUGACUUCCAACUGCCUAAAUUAAAUAACUGUUUCCUUGCAUAGGUUUAAAGUUAGGUUUGUUUAAAAUACAUUUUAACUUGCCAAGACCUAACCUAAAGUAAAAUUAAACAACUUUUUGAUUUGUUUAUAAAUAAAGACAACUGAAAUCACUUCAUGAAAACAGCCUGCUAUAGUUAACAUCUCUUUUUACUGCGAUUUGGAAAACCAGCAUCACAUAGUUACUACCAAAAUGUUUUUAAAAUGUACGUUUUCUAUAAAAAAAUCUUUUUAGUUAAUCUUUCUUUUUACAAAAACUUCAUAAUGUCUAAUUGUGACAGUAAUAGUAUUAUAUGAACCAUGCUCAAAUUAGCAUUGUCAACAAUAUUUAUUUUUAUAAAAGAAUUUAUUUUCCAUGUUAGUACCGGUAUUUAAGUUUCUGAAGGUAAUGAAAAUUUGGGAAAUCAUGUAGAUCAGCUCCCCUGAAUUAAUUUUUCACAAUAUUAUUUGUUGUGAAGGUCUGACUAAAACCAGCCAGAUUUUUAUCCAAAAAUGAGAAUAGAUUUAAAGAUAAAGAUUAUUUUAAUUAUUAUUAUUUUAUUACAGAUAUUAUAAUGUGUAAAAAAAAAUAUCCUAAUAAAAUAAAACUCUUAGUUGGCAACACUGCUGUAACUCUGAGGUCGUUUAGACAUUUUAUUGAAGCUCUUUUAAAAUACAAGGCUCUUUAUUUUAAAAUAUCUAUUAAAAACAUUUGUAUUUACAUAUUCAUUAAAUGUACUCACCAUUUUUUUGCUAAUUUUCUAGUGUCCUAUCAGCUUGUGUCGCUGACCUACAUGAUUACCAAGGUUUGUAUGUAUGGUUAUGCCCAAAUACAUUUGAGUUAUAAGUAUUACAUGGACUGAGCUUCAUAAAACAUUCUCUUUAGGUAUCAUAAAUAGAAGAUACAAAAUAGUCUUGAUUCCUCUUCUGUUAGGGCUAGAGUUUAUUAGGCAUCAUGUGUAUUCCUUGAUGUAGUUUAAGCAUUCCAUGUGUCCUUUUUGACAUUCCUGAUGGUAAUCACUUCAAUUUCACACACACACACACACACACAAAAGGUACAUAACCCAAAACUAUUUUCAUUGAAUGAGGGUUAAGUUGUUUGAAACCAUUUGAUGCCUUGAAGACUUGAAGUUCUUAUCAAAAUAAAUGGAUUUAUUGCCUCCCUUCAAUUUUAAGAAAAUCUCAAAUUUGAAAGAAAACAAUAAACAAAAACACAAAUCUAAUAUUGAUCAUUUGUAGUUCAUUUUGUGUAUAAGACUAACAGGGAGUAGCUCUCUGUACAUUUGUUGGUGUUGUAGUUAAGCGUGUGUUUGACUUCAUAAUGUCAUAUGUGUUAGAACUACAUUAGUCUUUUAAUUAGAUAAAACAUUAGUUAAAAAUUGUGAAUUGAGUUGGACAGGGGGGAGACGGGGGAAGCUACCUUCUUAAAACAACAUUUUAAACUAUCAGCUUUUAUGAAUGUCUAAUAUAGAGGCUUGCCAUUAUUAAAAACUUUUUUUUUUUGAGAAUAGUAUUUAUUCCAAGGGCUAAUUGUAUUAAUGAAACAAUUUUGUUUGUCCUUCCCACUAGUUUUAACCAAUAGCACUUUUUGUACAAAUGUCAUGUCUUAAGUCUCAUGAUAAUCUUCUAUCUAUUUAUUUCUUUUAUUGUUAUUAUGAUUAUUAAUAUUUUGCGCUUCAUUAAACGUGGCCAGUUUAGAACCCUAAAAAAUGGAAACAAUAUUUCUUCUGCAUCAAUUUGUAUUUCAAUUCAUUAAAAUGACAUAAAAAAAGGUUUCUUUGCUAAAGAUACUAAAACAAAUGUGAUGGCUUUGGUCUGUAUUAAAAUUAUAUUUUUAAGUUGAACAUAUUUCUGUAAUACUCCAUCUGAGCAUUAGUCUAAAAAAAAAAGGUGAUUUUUAUAAUAACAAUUUUGAUGUGCAGAUGAAAUAAAUUUAAUGUGGUGGCCUUGUAACCAUAUCUAAUGUACCAUCAUAUCUCAAGCUUGUUUGCGUUGUGUUAACUUAUUUUUCAUGUAUACACAUAUAAUGUAUAUGAGAUUUGUGCAUAUGAUGUGUGACCAAUUCAUUUUAACAUGGGUGUUUCAGCACGUAAUAUAUAUAUUUUUGAUAGAUAAUGAUUUUAAUAGAAAAAAACAUUUAAAAAUCUUUGUUUUCUUUUAUAGCCCAGCUGUAUUAUAUUAGGGGACUUGUUUCACUAGCUCGACAUAUUUGGGGGGUCUUUUAAAUUAAAAUGAAAAACAAAUCUUUACAGUUAAUAGUUAUAAUUAAAUUUUUUUCUCAAGACACCAACUAUUAAAAGAAAGUUAAUGUUUAAAAAUAUAAUGCCUUGUCCAUAGUACUUCAUGCGUAUCUGAGCUACAUUUUGUAAUAAAAAAAAAAUAUUGUUGAUAAAUAAAAUUAAAAUACCAAUGUGAGCUAUAUUGAAGAUAAAAUGAAUAUCUAUAAUCUUUUGUAAUGACAUUCUUGUUUUUUUUUUCCUUAAAGAAAAAAAAAAGUAGUAAAAAAUAUUUUUUUUCAGCUCCACUAAAAUGAGCUGAUUUUCAAUUUGUGCAAUGUUUCAUAUUUUUUUCUAUUUUUAAAAAACUGAAAUAUAAGUCAUGCAUGCAAAGAUUAUUAAUUUUGAUAUUUUAAGUAUAACAUCACUUCCAUUUUUUAGUUUAUUUAAUGUCAACAAAAUUUGCUGGAAACAAAGAAAUUAAGAUAAUAUAUUAUAUUCUAAAUCUUAAAAAAAUAUUUUUCUUAAACUACACAGAGUUGUUAAACUAUUAUUUUCUGGUGAACAAUUUUUCUUGUGUUUAAUUUCAUCAGUGUAUAUGGUUUUAAUGGAAAUAAAAUUAAGCCCAUCUCUCAAUGUUUACACCAGCUAAUGUUUUCUUUAAAUUGACAUCUCUAGAUAUAGAUAUAUUUUUUUUUCUAGUCAUUCAUACUAAUUCUAGUAUACAUAUAAAUGUAUUUACUAUUGAUAUGUAGAAAACAGAUAUUGAAAUAAAAAAGAGUUGUAUGUUAGGGAACUUUUGAAUGUAGCCUUUAUUAAAUUAUUUAAAAAUGAACAUCUAUAGCUGUUAAAAAUUGUGUGCAUUGAUUUAAUCUGUGUGUAGUAGCACAUGUAGAGUGUUUUCCCCAAAUGUAAAUUCUGAGCAGUAUUUAGAUUGUGAAUAUGUCUUCUAUAUCUGGAAAUAGAUAUGAAUCCUAUUUAUGCACAAGUGUUUUCUAUGAAUUCAAGGUACACACACCCAUCUUCGUUUCAGUUAAUGUACAAAAAAAUAUACAAGUAUUAAUUGUUAUAAGUGCUUUAAUUAUGAAUAUCCAUGGGUUCACUGCAAUUUUAACCUUUUAUAUAUGAUAUAUAUAUAAAUGUUUGACAGAGAGUUGGGGCUAAUUAAAAUGUAGUGUAUGACUCUAAAUAGUUAAAGCAUUGAAGACUUACAUAAUCAACAACUGUCUGCCUGUGAUGUCACAUCACUAUUAUUCCUACCAUUAUGUUCUCUCUCUCUUAUGGCCUUCCUGUUUGUUGAUGCUAAGACUUUGUAGCUAAUGACUUUGCAAGUUUGUUUCUCCUUGUCCUUGUCUCUUUGGACAUCAUUAGUACAUCUAAAGAAGGUUGACCAUGCACAGUGCUGUAGAAGAGAUAGAUCUCUUUCAUAAAGAGGAGGGCUGAGCUAUACUUGUGAUAUUUCAUGUUUAUAUCAGGGAAGUUUAUUUUUUCCUCCUCAAGUUAUCCUAAACUAUUUCCAUUCUUGAACAUUGUACAUAAUUUUGUUUUGAUAAUGCCAUUAUUGUUGAGUUUUGUUGAUUUUUUUAUUUUCUCACUCUCUCUCUUUUUUUUUCUUAAUAAAUAGUUUAUAGUGUAUUGGGCACUAGCCAUGUCAGAUUACCUACCGGAUAUUGAGAAGAUGUAGACUAAUAUGUAUGUUGGUGGAAAUCUACUUGAUUGCUGGAUGCUCCACUAUGUGAAUAUUGUACAUAUCAUUUGUUUUUAUAUUUCAAUACAUUCUUACACAAUGUGUACUAUAAAGUCUUUGUUGUAAUCACCACUCAUCAAUUCAUCCAUCAUAGUCAUCCCACUUGAUCAAAUUGUCCAGUUUAUAUCUUUGGCAGUGAACUCUCUCAACAAUUAACAAUAAAUCAAUAGUACAAUG